AUGAAUACUCAAGGAGACAACUUCCAUUCUUAUCCGACACCGCCCAGAUCUCCACCCAAUGCCUUAUCAGACUCAACAGAUGCAUCGCCAAUCACUGUAAUUGCUUCGUCACGGGCUAUUCGAUCGGGAGGUCUCACGGCGGCCACUAUCGUCAUAUCCAAUGCGACAGGCAAGAUCACGGCAACUUUUGAUUCGGUCGUGCCUGCAUCAGACUUCCCACCUAAUACGCCAUAUACGGACUACUCGCCUCAUAUACUACUUCCUGGAUUGGUUGACGCCCAUGUCCACCUUAAUGAACCGGGUCGGACCGAAUGGGAGGGAUUCUAUACAGGUACACAAGCAGCAGCCUUCGGUGGCGUAACCACUGUGGUAGAUAUGCCUCUGAAUGCAAUCCCUCCCACGACCACUGUGGCAAACCUCCAUGAGAAGAUCAAGGCUGCCCAAGGCCAGUGCUGGGUCGAUGUGGGCUUUUAUGGAGGGAUUAUCCCAGGUAAUGCUGGUGAACUGAAGGCAUUGGUAAGGGAAGGUGUGAGGGGAUUCAAAGGAUUCUUGAUCGAAAGUGGUGUGGAAGAAUUUCCUGCUGUUUCUUCGAUAGACAUUGAAAAAGUGUUUGCCGAGCUUGCAGAUGAGCCUACCACGGUCAUGUUUCAUGCAGAAAUGAUCCCUCCUAUUGCGGAUUCUGUUGGUGACGACGUCCAAGUCUCAUUACCACCGCGCCAGCCUCAUGGCCCACUCAACGCCUACAGUACCUUCUUAGCCUCAAGGCCUCCUGCAUUUGAGACAUAUGCCGUUGAGGAAAUCUUGUCGAUGGCACACUUGGCACCAAAUUUGGCAUUGCAUAUUGUCCAUUUAUCGGCCAUGGAGGCCAUCCCGCUUCUCAGAAAGGCAAGAGCACAGGGAAUCAAUAUCACAGCUGAGACCUGUCCGCAUUAUCUUUCUCUGGCAGCGGAACAAAUACCGAUAGGCGACACCCGACACAAAUGUUGUCCCCCAAUCCGCACCAAGUCGAAUCAAGAUAGGCUGUGGGAAGAAUUAUGCCAACAUUUGGAAGAGGGCGUCAUAAAGACAGUUGUUUCUGACCACUCACCCUGCACACCAGAUCUCAAGCUUCUACCAUCGUACGUGCCUGGUCACGUAGCGCUACCAAAGGAUCAAGCAAAGUCAUUGGAACUUGAGACUGAUCGGGGCGACUUCUUUUCUGCAUGGGGUGGAAUAUCGUCGGUCGGGAUGGGCCUCCCUAUCCUAUGGACUGAAAUGACCCGACGAGGGUUGACAUCAAAAGACACAGCUAUCACAGAUGUUGUGAAGUGGUGCUGUGAGAAUACUGCUGCUCAGGUCGGACUUGAGAAACAGAAAGGCCAACUGGCGGUCGGAUUCGAUGCCGACAUUUGCAUCUUUGACGAUACUGCUGAGUGGGUCGUGGAGCCCAGCACCAUGUUGUUCCGGAACAAAUGCAGUCCAUAUCAAGGCAAGACGAUGAUCGGACAAGUCAAGGCGACCAUAUUGCGAGGUCAACAGGUGUUUGUCCGCGAUGGACCAAACAAUGGAUUUGUUGGUAAGACGUGCUCUGGGCAAUUGUUGCUGGAACCGAGACGUGCUGAGCUGAAGAGAGUUAAAAGCUGGUUUAAAAGAUGGAUUUAUGACUUUUGA